AUAUCCAACUCUCUCCUUUCCUUCAUUAGCUUUGCUCUUGCUUUCUUUCUUAGCAUUAGAAGUUGCACCGAACACCAAAGAGCAGAAGAGUCCGAGCCUAGCAGAAAUAGCACGCUCAGAAUGAGCUCUAGCAGCACAACUAGCUUAUUACAAAAGCUGGAAAACACAGAUGAAAAUGAUCCUGCUCUUUGGCAACCUGCGUAUGAUGCACCUGAAACUUCUGUCGAGUCCAUGGAGUUUCUUGCUAGAUCUGGUUUCUCUGCUCAAGCUGCUAAAGAAACUCUUUUUCAACAGUUACCAAGUGGUCGUAGCGGCUGUCCUCCAAUAUCUCCAAAGGAUAGUGAAGAAAUGAAGCUAUACAAGAGCAUAGUUAAAGGGAGAACAAUGGGGAGAUGGUUGAAGGAUCAAAAAGAGAGGAAGAAGCAGGAGAUCAGAAUUCAUAAUGCACAACUGCAUGCAGCUGUAUCUGUAGCAGGAGUUGCUGCUGCUGUUGCAGCUCUUGCUGCCUCAAAUGUGAUGUCAGAGGAAAUAGCUUCAAGCUGCCACAAGAUUCAUUCCAAAAAACCAGCUGCAAUGGCUUCAGCAGCAGCUCUAGUAGCAUCUUACUGCAUCGAAAUUGCAGAGGAAAUCGGUGCUGAUCGUGAACAAAUCAUAAUGGUUGUCAACUCUGCACUCAAUGCAAGGACUAAUGCAGAUAUCAUUACCCUAACAGCCGGAGCAGCUACAGCCUUACUGGGAGCUAGCACUCUAAGAGCGAGGCUGCAAAAGGGACAUGGAAGUACAGCCUUUGCUUUGGUGGAGGAAAAGGGUGAAGAAGGCAAAGAAUCUAACAUCUUAGCAGCAUUGAACUUUGUGGCUGGAGGGGGAGAACUUCUCAAGCUUACAAGAAAAGGAGAUCUCCACUGGAAGCAAGUUUCUUUUAACAUCAAUUCAAAUUGGCAGGUGGUAGCGAAAAUGAAAAGUAAACACAUGGCAGGAACAUUCACAAAAAAGAAAAAAUGUGUAGUAUCUGGAGUAUACAGAGACAUACCAGCAUGGCCCAGAAGGGACAAAGAAGACUGCAAUGAGGAAAGAGUAUACUUUGGGAUAAAAACAGCUGAAAGAUUGGUAGAGUUUGAAUGCAGAAGUAGAAAUGAGAAACAGAUGUGGACUGAAGGGAUUCGGCAUUUGCUGAAUUGCUGUACCAAUAUAAAAUCUGAGGCAACUUUCAAUUACUGCAAAACUAGCCUUUGAACUUUUGAAGC